UAAUGAACUUAGACCCUAACGAAUUAUCAAAAUGGAAUUGCAUUCUUGAACCUAAAACAAAUGGAAUCAAUACUUAUAGUGGACUCUAUAUAGGAGACAUUGAUUGUGCUAAGGAUCAAUAUUUGCUAUAAAAAUUACAAAUAAGAGCUGUUUUAAGUGUGAUUGAUUUUCCUGAAAUUAAUUUACCUGAAUAGUAUAUCCAUUCUAAAAUAUCAAUUCCUGAUUCAGAAGAUUAAUCAUUACUUGAUCAUUUUCCAUUGUGUUUCAAUUUUAUUGAUGAAAAUAGAAAACAUACAAAUGUUAUGGUUCAUUGUUAUGCAGGAAUAUCAAGAAGUGCAACAGUUAUUUUAGGUUAUUUAAUGUAACAUUUUGAAUGGAAUUUUGAUCGUGCUUAUUAAAUAUUAUGGUGUUUAAGAAAAUAAAUAUUGCCUAAUGAAGGCUUUAUAAAAUAAUUAAGAGUUUAUGAACAAAUUUUAAAAAAAGAAAAUGAUAUAGACAAUAAUGAUUAUAAAAAAGAGAUUAGUAAUAAUUCAUAAGUCACUAGACAAAAUUAGUUUUUGAAAUAAAUUGAAUAAGAAAUUGAGGAGAGACAAAGAAAUUUAGAAAUACUAAAAUAAAAAUAUAAAUAAAUUUAGAGUACUAAAUUGAUAUCUUAAUAAUAGAAAACCAUUUUGUGA